GUGGUUAUAUCACUAAAGAGUAAGAAUACGAAGCUGCUCUUCAUUGUAAGCAUCGAAAUCUCCUCCCUGAGAUCGCUCCUCGCUUCCUUCCUCGAUUUCAUCAAGCCGGCCCUCAUUUCCUCCUCGACCUCUCUCUCUCUCCUCCGACAGAUUUCGGUGUUUAGAUGGCAUCGCUGUCUUUGCCCUGUCCGAAGAUCUGUGCCUCCAGCCGUUUCGGAUCCAUCUCGGGGACUUCUUCCCGGAAACUCGACAGGAUCUCCUUUCCCAUUGUGUCUGAUCCCUCCCAGGCACAAUUCUUCAGCCAGAAGCAAUAUGCAUCAUGGAGUCUCCAUGCUACACUCGAUGAGGUGACUUCAAACUCUGCUCCGGCAGCCGAUGGUAAGGCGAAAACCGGAUCGUUGAAUGGAAAAGUCGAAGCUGUCGAGAACAAUGUUCAUGAUCCUUCUGUGCUCUCGGGUUUCAUGUCGCGGGUCUCAGACCUUGUCAAGCUUGUGGAUUCAAGAGACAUAGUGGAGCUUGAACUGAAGCAACUGGACUGCGAGAUCGUUAUAAGGAAGAAGGAAGCUCUUCAGCAGUCUGUGGCAGCAGCAGCACCAGCCCCCAUAUACUCAAUGCCGCCUCCAAUGGCUAUGCCUCUGGCUCAACCAGCCGCCCCACCAGCUGCUCCAAGCUCUAUUCCCUCGGCUCCUGCUGCCCCGGCUAAGGCAAAGCCAUCCCCUUCUCAUCCUCCCCUCAAAUCUCCUAUGGCCGGCACCUUCUACCGUUCUCCUGCUCCCGGUGAACCUCCUUUCGUUAAGGUUGGAGACAAGGUGCAGAAGGGUCAAGUUGUUUGCAUUAUUGAGGCUAUGAAACUGAUGAACGAAAUCGAGGCUGACCAAUCAGGAACUAUCGCCGAGAUACUUGCUGAAGAUGGAAAACCUGUCAGCCUCGACUCGCCGCUGCUUGCCAUCGUACCAUGAAAGACCGGUUCAGCUGAGCCGGUUCAGAUUGAACAUCCGGUCUGAACCGUAAUUCUUUUGGUUUAGUUUUUCUAUUUUCCUCUGCACUUUUAUAGUUUUUGUUUUCCCUCUCUCUUGUUUCGUGAGCAUCCUUAAUCUUUAAUUUCCGAGACGUUACAAGGUUUUCCAAAGGAACACAUAUAUAUAACCUUAAUCUUUGAGUUUA